ACUGGCUGUGAACUUUGUAUCUACACAGAGUCCAUGCUGUUUGUAUACGUUUUAUUUUUCAGGUUUCCAGAUCCCUAGAGAUCAGAAAUGCAGAAAUUCCUGGAUAAGAACCGCAGGUGGACACCAUAGAUGUGGAUGUGCGAAGGCUUCAUUUCACUGCACGUCUAGGUAUUGAAUGCUACAAAUCCACCUAUGAUAUAAACAUGAUAAAGCCUCAUCUGAUCCAGGCACAGUCUGCUGGGUGUGUUAUAACCGUCUCCCAGACACAGUCAGUUCCUAAUGUUCAAAUUAAGAACCAUACGCUGUCAGCUACUCCAGAAAGUGACAGGAAGCCCUUUUAUCAUCCUUCUCCUAAUGCGGAGUGUGAUGGGCAGUGGAGCUGCAGUGGAGUGAUCUUAGAUAGAAAUUCAAGAAUUGUUAUUUGUCAAGGAGCUGUAUUUUUUCCAUUCCUGAAAAAAAGUGAAAAUCCUCUUGCUAGUCCCGAUUGUACUGUACUUUACGCCAAUGACCUGCCAUCAGAUUUAUUGAUUCAAGUGGAAAGCACCAUUCAACCGCACAUACCCAAACAAAAUGGUGGACAUGACCAUAAGGAUGUUCUAGAUCAGAGAUCUGCACUAGGAUUUGUUCCUACAUCAAGAUCAAAAAGCAGGCAGAUAAAACUCCAAGCAAGACUUCUUGCACUUCUACCGUGUCCAGAGUUCCAAAAAGCAUUUUCGAGACUCUUUAAGAAAGAAGAGGGUUGGGUGUUUUCCAGUGAGGAAGAGAAGAAGGAAUAUGGCGAAUUUCAGAAGGAUCUAGCUUACCUUCAUUGGUUUGCUAUUUUGAAGCUCCAAGAUCCACUGCCAGGCACUCAUAAAAUGACCAUCAUGGAUUCGUCCAAGCUGGUUAAAGGCAGUACAGUUUAUGCUUGUGGUUCUCCAUUUGGCUCAUUUUACACUGACAUCUUUUUGAAUACAAUAACUACAGGUGUCCUAAGUAAUACAGCUGGAGACAGAAAUGUUGUACUGCUGACUGAUGCCCGCUGCUUACCAGGCUCUGAAGGUGGUGCCUUAUUUCUAUUCAAAGAAGGGAUUUUGCAUGUUAUUGGCAUCAUAGUGGCGCCUCUCUGCUGGAAGAUGAACGAAUGGGUGGGCUUGACUGUAGCUUGCUCUCUUAGUCCUAUUCUUGAGAACAUGAGUAAAGUUCUGGGGACAAAUAUUACUUUAAAGAAUGAAGUUAAUCCUUUGCAGCUGAUAGACCACUAUAUUUCUAAGACUGUGGGUCCAAGAACAGUAGAGCCUCCAAUAUCAUCCGUGGUUCUAGUGGACUCAGGUCAAGCUUGGGGGUCUGGAGUUCUAUUAAGCCCAAAUUUAGUAUUAACAUGCCGCCAUGUGAUUAGAAAUUCAGUCAAAGUAUCAGUAAAGAUCUACCAUCCUAUGAAACUAACUUGGCUCCAAACGUAUGAAAGGUACCAGGCUAUUAAAGGUCGAGUUCUGUUUGCUACUCAAGCAUUUUCACCCUAUGACAUUGCUGUGGUGGAACUAGAAGAAAGUAUUCCUGGGAUUCCUGAACCAGUCCUGGCAUCUGGAUAUUGUACAGGGGAAGAUGUCUAUGUCGUAGGAUUUGGAGCUUUUGGUGAAAGCUGUGGCCCAUCUGUGACAUGUGGCGUGCUGUCAGCUGUGAUUUCUGUGGGUAAUGUCCCAGUUAUGUUACAGACAUCAUGUGCCGUGCAUGGAGGUUCUAGUGGAGGACCAUUAUUUUCUGCUGAAUCUGGACACCUUUUAGGUAUUGUUGCAAGCAACACAAAGGAUAACAGUACAGGUGCCACAUACCCUCACUUAAAUUUCAGCAUCCCCAUUACUAUUGUGCGGGCUGCCAUUCAACGAUAUAGACAAUACGGGGAUUUAAGAAGUUUUAGAGAACUUAACAAGGCAGGACAUGCAGUUCAAGAUGUUUGGCGUCUGCAAAGAUCACCCGAGAAAGUCUUUCAGAGCAAGCUCUAAGUAACAUACGAGUUCUUCAAUGCUACAUUGCAAUAUUACUAUUUGAAGGCAUUUUCUAUAUUGGUAGCUUUGUUACUUUUAUGAGAUAUUUUAUAUAAGAAAGUGACAAAAAACAAACAAACCAUAGUUUUGGUCCCUGUAAUAUGAGUGGAAAUAGAAAAUCCGCUUCAUUAUAUCUUUUUUAACAUAUUAAAGUCUUAUAUGAAUACUAAAUAACCUGUUUUUGUCAUGGAGAAUAAAAAAAAAUUAAAAACACUAAAGGAAUUGAUAUUUGAAAUGCUUUGUUAAGCUGUUAAUAUUAAGGGUCUCCAGGUAUCUACACUUUUCUUGCAGUGCCUGUAUAUAUAUAUCUGACAGGGAAAGCUUCCCCUUGCUAAGGCUGGUAAUCGGUUGUUUGCUGGUAGUGCCAGGAGCAUCACCCAAGGGCAUCAUCUGCCAUAUCACGUUUUAUCAAAAUUUUACCUCUAGCUAAAAAUUUACUUGACUGCAUGCUUUUUUAAUCCUUUUGACAUUACAUUGCCUCUCCUUUAUAAGGACAUGAAUACAGUUUAAAGGGGUGUUCCAGGAAU